AUAAUCAUAGUUCGUGAUUAUCAUAGAACAAAUAUGGAUUAAGGAUUUAUAUGGAUCUUCGGUGGAACAAAUUUCUCGGAUCUGUGAAUAAAAUUGUCUAUAAAAUUAGUCUUAUACUACCUAUUCUUUCUUUUGAAGUGAACCUUCUAUACGCGCACAGCGCGCUGGGAGUAAAUUUUCAAGGCCGCGAGUUAUUGUUAAUUUAUCAUUUUGUAUUAUUAAUUAUAGACGUCGAAAUGGCAAAAACACCUGCCGAACGUGCACGAGAAUAUAGAGCCCGGAAAAAAUUAUUGACACCACAAAAACCGCCACCACAAACAAGAGCACAACGCAAUCGAAAAUAUACGGCUCGACAGAGGGCUUUAAGAAAUGCUGUCGCCAUUAUCGGAGAGAAUGAAGCGAUGACGAAUUUCUCUGGAUCACGUGAAUUGCUAACAGUGAAUCCAAACAAUCCACAAUCCAGUAUCAGCAGAGACGAUAAUAACAUUUUAUAUAAUUAUUUAUCACAAACAAAUGGCCAAUCUGGAAAAGCUCAAUUUCCUGUUGAAAAUGCUCAGGAAAUAAAAGUUGUUCAAGCUGAUAUGCACCUGGCUAAUUUAUCUCAAUGCGCAGUGAAUCUGAUCUCAACUACAACCAAAAUAACUAAGAAAUCAUGUGCACAGCGAUGUCGUGAAUAUAGACAGCGAUUGAAAAUGAUGGCAGAAGCAAAUGCUAUUGUCGUUCAAAGACCAGUUGCCUCUCCAAUUAUGAAUAGUGUGACCUCUCCGCCGCUUCAGUUAUUAGACAAGGAAAUUAUGGAUAAAUUUACAAAUAAUCCAUUUGGCCAUGUUUAUACAAUAUGCGAUAGAUUAUGGUUCAAAGAAGAUUUAAAACAACCAGUGGAGGUACACCAAGAAAUUUUACACAACAUUUUGCCAAACAAAUCUGUGGAGGAUUCUGGCUUGUAAUAUGUGUGUCUCUUCUUUGAGUAAGAACAAAAUUCCAAGUGUGUCAGUGUAUAAUGGAUUUAAAUUUCCUGACAUUCUGGAUUAUCUACCACCAGGUUAUGGUAUAUGGCCAAAUUAUCUAUGUGCCGGUUAGUGUGGACACCAUGAUUAAAAAUCUUCCACAACAGAUCGAUGAUGACCACUGCGUAAAAGUACUCAUUAAGCGCAGAAAAAUUCAUCAAACCAGCUAUCUACACGGAAUAGUCAGUAAAAAGUUAAACCGCAAACCGAUUAUAUCGACUGUAGCUAUUCAUCAACACGAAAUAAACAGGCUAUCAAAGCACCUAAAAUGUACAGAAAACAGAAAUAAAUUUAAAAUAAUAUUCAUAUCCAAACAGUAUUGUAUGUUAUUCUAUAAAUACAUAUUUUUCUUCCCUUUA